UGUUUGCAUAAUGCUGAUGACUUGGUUGAUUAGAAUUUAUUAGAAAGAUUGCGUGACGUCAGCUACGUCAAAGCGAAAUUGCCACACUCCAUCAGAUUUCAAACACACUCGAAGCGCACAGAACUCGAAGCGCUCUAAGGCUUGCAGACACCAUGCCUUGGUUCUGCACUAUCUUGGCCUUAGUGUUCUUUCUACAGACAACGACUCGAUAUACGCAAGGAGCUGUUAUACAAGAAGAGCCCAAAGCCCCAGUUCGACUCGCGUUUGAGUUUGACACUCCAUGCACAUAUACAUACCAAGUUGCUGUCUACACAGCGCGGGGAUCACAGUCACUUGCAAGCCAAGGGUAUGAGUUACACACCACGAUUGACCUGACUCCCGUGUCACGCGAAGAGGGCGUGAACGGCUCUGUGCAUUCUCUGCGACUGGAUGUACGGGAACCACGGAUUCGGCGCGUACGCUCAUUUGGCCGUAUUGUCACACACCCAGUUAACGAGGAGCUGGAACGGAAGUUAAUAAAACCGUUUUACUUCCGGCAGUACGACCACGGCUCUGUAGUUGACGCAAUUUUUCCGAAAGACGACGAUCCGCAAGCACUUGGACUAAAGAAAGGUAUAGCAGGCUCCUUCCAAGUCGACCUGAAGAGUGUUUCCAUCCCACAAUCCCGAGUCCAGGAGCACGACGAUUCCGGUGUUUACCAUGCAACUUACACAACUCUCUCAGCCAAUGAUACUGACGCCACUCUCAAGAGGGAGUGGAGUAACCAUGACUACGUGCAGUUUGCAGACGGCACUCCAGUCAGCGGUGAGCACAAAGUGCAGUUCCGGCACGAGGGAAUCGUACACGUGCAGGAUGGUCGGAUCAAAAAGGUCCACCGUACACAUAAGGGCGUAGUGAGACCGGCCAAAGGUAACCCACGAGUGGAUAACAUCGACUCAUACCAGCACCAGGACAUCGAGAUGUCUACCAGCGGAUACAGCAAGCUAACCCUUGUAUCCUGCAAGAAGAAGAAAAACAAACACCGUGCAAGGCGAGCAGCGGAACGCCACCGAUGCGACAUGCGCGGAUUGCACCGCGAUAACCUGGUAUUUGCCGAUGUCCACAAAGUCAAAACAGAUACUGUUGGUGGAGAGAAGAUCAAGUUCAGGCCGUUCUAUGAGCUUAUACGCUGCUUCUCCGACAAAUCUGUAGAAGAUAGAGAAGUCGGUUUGUGCGCAAGAGAGAUCCAUAAGCUUGUCAAGUACGACGAUAAAGCGUUCCAAAAGAUCAGAAGACUUGUUCUGGAACGGGAGCACCAGAAUACAACAACAUGGGCUGUGUUAACGAGUGCUCUUGCAGCGCAUGGCAAACUGGAGGCGCAAGAGACGCUUGCGCAUGCUCUGAUGUCUAACUAUCCAAGGCCGUUGACUGACGAGGAGUACGAGGCGUUACUUGAGGGAAUAUUCUUUCUCCCGCAAGGGCCUCUGCACAAGACCUUGUUCGAUGCGCUUCUCAAAGAUGCCGCACGCGACGAUAACCCUCAUGAGCACGCAGCUAUGCCUAUGUUAGUACUAGCGGGACUUGUGAAGCGCGCGCAUAACUCAGGGUACAAUACGACGCUUUCAGAUAACGUGGCUGAGCUCAUACAUAACAGCUAUCAAAACAAGACCACCGUUCAUCACCCCGAUAGCCCAGAGCAUGAGCACUGUUUGCGGAGGCAUAUCUGGGCGUUUGGGAACUUGGGACAUCUCUCUGGACUUGACGUUAUCUUACGUCAUAUUAAUCACGAUAGCUCGGGCAUUCGAUCAGCGGUAGUUUCCGCCAUGCGCAAGCUUCCAGAAAAACACACAGAUGAGCACCUCUUUAGCACUCUGUUCUCAGACGAGCACACUGACGUCAAGGCAGCAGUUUUUGAAGUUUUUGUAGAACGUCACCAGAACUUGUCCUCACGAUUACUGAAAGGUAUCGAACAUGCGCUAUGGCACGCCAACGAAGACGAUUCGCUGGACUCUAUUGUGAACGAGUUCCUUGAAAAUCAUGGCGACCACCCACAUGCAAAGCAUAUGCGACGUAGACGAAGUCUAAUUAGAAGACAAAAACGAGCGCUAUUCCCCGCACUUCGCCCACGGGAGUUCAGACUCGGGCCGCGCAAACGCUGGGUACAGACCUUUGGAGGAAAGUGGCUUGGCGCAGAAUCACAGAUACAGUUUCUGAAUCAAGUCUACCUUAGUAUUGGAAUCUUUGGGGGAAGGUUUGAGGUGAACAUUGAUAACUAUGCCAAGAUCACUGCUCACAUUUUAAAGUUCAGCUUCGACGUCGUUAAAGGUAAAGCGGCUUUCAAAGCGUCAGCGAGCUUCAAGAAUGAUAUUCCCAAAGACCUGAUACACGCAAUUGCUGAUGCCGGAGAUGAUAUUCUGGCAGGUGUCGACAGCAUCACCAGUAUAAUAAUCAAAUACGUACAGAAAUUCCAGUUCAAGAUCAAGGGCUAUGUGCCUUUGUACAUUGACAAGUUCGUGGACUUCGUAAACAAGCUAAUCAAGUUCGUUGAGAAUCUAGUGAAACCUCUACGCCCUAUAAACUUGAUAAACAAGAUCCUAAAGUUUGCUAAAGACAUUGUCAAUAGGCUGAAAAACUGGAAAUGGCUGCUUGGGAAAAUCAAGAAGAUUCAAAUCUCCCUUUCAAAGCUGACAAUUGUGGAUGAGAUAUUUAGGAAGGUUUUGGGAGCGCUUGACAGGAUUUUAGAUAUCGUCAACCGGAUAAGUGUUCACCUUCCACACAAUCUCCCGCCAAAUUUCCAAAUCAAAGAUCUGCUGCGAUGGCUGAAGUCGGUCUCUGUCAGCCUACAAGAUAGCAAAAUCGCCGAUUACUUCAAAUCCCUUGGUUUCUCGGUUCCAGGUGGCUUCCGGAUUCAGCUGCCGUUCCGUUUCGCCAUUCGAUUCUCAUUUGCUAUUGAUAAGUUUACGUCGAUCUGUAUCAGGAUUGUCAACUUUGGGAAUAAUUUCUUGGAUAUGUCAUCUAUCUUUGAUGCACUGAGAAACAUUCGAUUCCCACGUUUAAGCUUACCUGAGCUUGAAGGCCGCUUUCCUAAAAGUUCUCCUGGUAGAUUCAAUUUUGGACUUAGCUUUGACUGGCGCAUUAACCUGAAGUUCAAACUCAACCUGAAGUCUCCUGGCUUCCUUAAAUUUCUUAACGUUAUGGGAAAGCUUGUCGACUUUUUCAAGCAAUUCAAAUUGCCCUCCUUCGAUUUGGAAAAGUUUUUUGAGAAAAUUAUGCCAGGAAAAGAGCUUGAUCUAAAGAAGAUAUUCCAAGAACUAUUCGGGGGCAGUAACAGUACCGCGAUCGGGCGCAACCCUGCCGAUAUUUUACAGGAUUUCAUUGAAAAAAUACUUGAUCUAUUCGACUCUAGGCUGCCAAACAUCACUGCGAUUAGUGACAUCACUGACUUCUUCAAAGAGCUUGGGCCAGCCACUAAGGAAUUUGCAGAGGAAAGCGUAAAAAAAGUAUGUGCUGUUUACAAGUUUGCCUUAAACAGCUCCAGUGACUUCAAAGACUUUGGAGAAAACAUGGAAAGUCAAAGCAUUGCUAUCAUGAAGACUGUAAAAGGGGAUGUACAAAAUGCACUUGAUGAAAUUAUGAACUUUACCAUCACGGUUGAUUCACUGAUUGAUGAAAUAGAGAAGAAUUUUACUGUUGCUACUAGAGGAUUUGUAUCUGAUUCGCUUGGUGACCUCAGUCGAAGUUUGAAGGCGAUACAAGACCUUGCUGACGAUGUCGUGGACUUUGCAAAUGGCACUGCUUCCAAAGUGUCUGGUGUUUGCGACAGAACCGCUGACUUCUCCGCUGAUAUCAUUGACGAAGUUCAGAACAUUUCGAAAGUUGCACUCGGUGAACUUGGACAGUUCAUUGGUCCAGUGGCAGUUAAAGUAAAGAAAUUCGGUCAGGAGCUUAAGGUAGCUAUAGAUAAAGUGGAGAAAUGGUACACUGAUACCCUCUCGAGGCGAGUUGGGAAGCUUUCUAAAAUAUCUCGCAUUAUUGCUGACCUGAUGUCGAUAUUGAAUACGGAGAAAGGCUUUCUUGGAGAUGUGAAAAAGGUCGCGGUUAAAGUGAAUGACAUACUUUUGAACUUAGAUAAUAUCCCACAACACGCCAAUCGCGCACGCAAAACGGCAGAUGAUAUCAUUAACUUUGCGGACCGUGCACAGAACUUCAAGAAUGAGAUAAAGAAACUCUAUAUACGCAAACAGUUUGGCAUCGACUACGACACGCGUGUGCGCCAGCUCUGUAACGAAUUCAAGAUCUUGGCUAGUGAUACUCUUGAUAAGAUUGGAGGAUACGACAUCGCGGAAGAAGUCAACGGUUUCUUUACUAAAGAAGCAGAUAAACUGAUCAACAAAGCAGUUUCAAAAUUCCGUCAAAUCAAAGAACCGAUCACUGAAGUUCAAGAGGAGUUGCGAGAUAUCUCUACAAUGGUUGAUACCGUGAUGGACGUCCUUAUAAACCUUAAGCCAUUCAGUAACAAUCUCUCGCCUAUUCUAGCCACCAUCAAGAACCUACCAGACUGUGGUGAAGCCAAGAAAAUAUUCUUAGAAAGUGUGAAACCUUGUGUCAAAAAGGCGGGCGUUGUUGGUAAAUAUGCUAUUGCACAGUACAAAGACAUGCGCAAAGAGAUCAAAGUCUUGUUUGAUAUGAUCCCUGAAACCUGGAAGAGCUUGAAGAUUCAAAAGUGUAUCAAAGGUGCUGCGUGUAUCCCAAAGGCUUUCAUUGACCAAGUAAAUGUUAUCAAGGAUAAAGUAGAAGUCUUGAAAGAAAAGUUCCAGGAAGCGAGUGGAUACACCGAUAUGUUAGCAACAUGCAAAGCAGGAGCUGAUAAUAUUACCGCUGUAGUGGAUACGGUAAAGAAUUUGACGCAACAGAUUAAGGACUUUGAUAUCCGAGAUGACAUCAAGAAGGUUAAGGAUGUUUUGCGAAAGGUGACGGGGCGGGAAGUGGAAGAAGUGGAUAUACCAACAACCCUACCGACAGCUCCAACAUUGCCGGGAAUACCAACAGUACCAACCGGACUCCCUUUUACUCCUCCUUUCAACAAGGAGAAAAACAAGCUUAAGCGCAUCAUAGAUAUAAUAAAAAGAGCCAAGGAGACGAAGAAAAAGAUGGAAGAAAUACUGGAGAAUACUUUUAAAGCCAUGCGAACUGUUUACGAUGAUGCGAUCUUGCAACACACGAAGUCUAUUCAGGAAGUGCGUAGAAAGCUCCAGUUGUCUUAUGACUUGUGGAAGAAAACAAAAGAUAUUAACACCGUUAUCCAGGCUCUGAACACUGUUGUGAAAGGAGCGUCUAGCUAUGCGGAAAACAUACAAGAUGUGACUUCAAAGAUCAAUAGCCCGAUUGUUGACCUUCUUACGGAAACUGGAGAGCUAAGUAACAUAAUCGAACCACAUAUGACAAAGUACGUAGGUAAGGUGACAGACGUAAAAAACAAGGUAGAUGACUUCCUCAAUAAAGUAACAAGUUUCCUGAACAAGAUACAGCUUCGACAGAAAGGUCUCAAUAUGAAUGAGUAUAAACCUUGGAGCCAUUACCCGUACUGUUCCGAGGCUGUCUGCCUAAGACCUUUGAGGCGUUCCUCCAAGUUGUACCUUGAUACCAUCUUUACAUGGAAGUACCCACACCUUGAUGAUCUGUCUUCUGUUAGAGAUACAGGAAAGUGGCUAAUACCAGGACUCUUUGACGAUUAUAAAGUCGAGGGCAUCGCACAGAUUUCGGAUUCCGAGAUGCUUCUUGGAAUGUAUGGAGUCUCUGCUAACGAAGGCCGAGCUUCCCUCCUAGUCGUCACCGACACAGGAAGACAGACUGUCAAAAAGAUUAUCCAGCUUGGAAGUCAAGGAUCACCAUUUACUGCCAAAAUCAGCGGAGUCGCUAUCGCGAGAGAGUUUGUGUGGAUCAGUGACAAAAAUAGCCGGACAGUGUAUCGAGUCAGUAGUGGUGUCCUAGGAGGGUCGUCGGGACCGAUAUGGGCAGGUGUGUCUAGUGGGAAAACUGUAGAAGGUACAGCAUCCUCGGUAUCUUAUGAUGAGCCUACUAACAUGCUUUGGGUGACCGUGGCCCCCGCAGGAAAGGCAUACGGAUACAAGCUGUCAGCAAAUGGAGAUCUUUUUGGCAAUCUUGCUCCUGACCGCACCAUCGUGAUUGGUCCGAGCGCCCAGGGUAUGGCACUUGUGCACCAAUUUGACACGGAGUAUGUUGUAGUGGCGCGAUGCUUGGACUACCAAUGUAAGCUUGAAUUCCAUGACAUUAGCGCGGGUGACGAGGUAUCAGAGGGGACUAUAUCAAGGGUUGUACGAACUCCAACCGGCUUGGAAUCAGUUCAGAAAGUGACAUCAGAUCGCCUUGUGUUGACGUUCUCAAGUGGGACAUUCAGUGAGCAGGACGCGAUUGAGAGAAUAGCAGGUGACUUCGAAGACAGAUACUUCCGAAUUAAAACACCUGUUUUAAAAAUGACCUUUGGUAUCCAAGAAAAUUGCCUUUACUUCAAAGUAUGGUUCGACUACAUCAUAGAGCCACGGCGUCUGUUCCCAUAUGGUAACAUGAUUUGUGGAGCGCUAAGAAAACGCAGCGUAGAGCAACAAUUACUAGAAUCGGAUAUAUAUUCUCAGGAGCUUGAAAAGAUUCACAGCCGAAGCCGGAGAUCUCUUCAACACGGAAACCCUCCUGCAUGUUUGAAGGUGUUCCGUGGAAAUGCCAUUCGGGGCUACCAUGAAUUUUAUUCAUACACGCAGUACAUACCUGUCUUCAUCAUCAUAGUCGUAUUUGAAGGUGGCGCUGGCGGUUACUACUUUGUGGAUUAUUACGGAGAGCUCUGCAUGAGAGAUAAGGUAUUCAAGGCUGGUCUAAUCCCGGGAGCAUGGAUAAGCGCACAUGCAAGUGCAAGUGCAAUAGUGUUUAUUGUACAAGCUGGUAUAUCCAUCGAAGCGAUCAUCCUGGAAUCCUACCUUCUCCCAGAGCUGGAAGUCCGUAUUGACAAAUGGCCCUUGCAAGCUUGUAUCUCUCUUAAACUGCGCAUGACACCUUUGAAGAUCCGUGUAUGGCUGUGGUACCGUCUGCUACUGUGCAUUCGAAUCAGAUGUAAGCGCUGGUGGUGCAGAAUCAAGAUCGAAUGGUGCAGCAAGAAAACCUUCAAGGAGUGGUGGUGGUCUGCUAGAAUGAUCGAGAAAACUCUCUUCACGAACUGCCACAAAAAUAUCGACAAAACACCCCCCACAACAGGAUCUUGCGUAGCAAGACAGGCAGGGGAUAAAAAGUACUUUGUUCAAUGGCAAGGUUUUACGGAAGAUACAAGGAUACAGUUUUAUCGUGUCAUGAUUGGAUCCAUCCGCGGGUCCGGUGACGAUUUUGGUGAAAACGUCGGCUUAGCCUCGAGCAAGGUUGUCCGUAACUUGCCCAUAAUGCACGGUAGAGACGUAUUCAUCAGCGUAGUGGCUACUAACGGUGCGGGAUUGGACAGUCGUUUGGCAAUGUGUACGCCAUUCAAAGCCAACAGACAGGGUCCUCAAAUCAGGGCGGUAAACGAUGGCACUGACCUCGGAAAAGACGUAGACUUCCAAUCUAGCGAUGAUAUGCUUGGUACGAACUUUGUAUGGAGAAAUAAGAAUGACGUAGUUGACGUCAAGUGGGGAAUAUCAAGCGGAAGUAAAUGCACUCUUGAUGCGAGUGAGGCUGAUAUCUACCCGAUGACGUCGAUGGGUGAAUCGCUAUCCAUACAGACUUCAGGAUUAUCCCUGACACAUGGCCACAAGUAUUAUACAAGAGUCUACGCUAUGAAUAAGAUUGGGCUGAAGACGUUGAUGUGUAGCGAUGGAGUAACGGUAGAUAAAACCCCGCCUGUACCUGGAUAUCUUUACGAUGGUGCUGAUGAUCAGGAUGCGGACUAUUUGCCUUCCUUGAAGAGAGUUCGUGCGAAGUACGAGCCAUUCAAAGACCCAGAGAGUCCCAUUGUGAAGUACGAGUGGAAGGUAGUCGACGUCGAUACCGGAACAGAUCUCACAUCUUUUACCAACAUACUUCUGUCUCAAAGAACACCUUUAAUGGAGGGACUAAGCCUAGCUCCUGGCACACCGUACAAGAUUGUCCUGAAAGGAACGAACGCCGCUGGUCUUACAGCUGUUACUGAAUCAGACGGUUUCAAGGCUGAUCAAUCUCCACCAAACUGCCAGGAAAUCAUUGACGUUCAAGACGAGAAGACAAAUGUUGAUGUGGACUUUGUAAGAAAGCUAGAGAAUAUACAAGCGAAGUGGUCAUGCACAGACAAAGAAAGUGGAAUUGCAAGUCAGGAAAUUGCGGUGGGAACAUAUCCAGGCGGCGAUGAUAUCAGGAGCUUCAAGGAUCAGAGUUUAACGUAUUCUGCUGUACUCCCCGACGGAAAAAGAUAUGCACGCGUGACUAACAUUACUGCCGAGCCUGGCGUCAGAUACCACGUCACUGUAAAGGUCGUGAACGGUGCAGGGCUUUGCCAAACUCUUACAACAGAUGGAAUUCUCAUCGAUACUACUCCACCAUCUGUAGCGGCACAGUUCAUCAAGGACGGACUUUCUGGAAAAGACCAAAACUACACCAAAGAGCGCUUUUCCUAUAGCGCCUAUUGGAAGCAGGCCUUUGUAGACCCCGAGAGCUCCAUACAUGAGUACCAUAUGGGAGUUGGUACUGCUCCAGGGCUAAUAGACACAAUGCCCUUCACUUCCAUGGGAGCAUCUACCCAUGGUACCCUCACUGGUCUUUUACUUGAAAGUGGUCAAAUUUACUAUGUUACUGUAGUUGGCUGUAACGGUGUCGGAAUGUGUGUGAACGCCAGCAGUAACGGAGCAAUAGUCGACUUCGUGUCGCCCCAUCCUGGUGCCGUCACAACCCCAAAUAAAUUCCAGUGGAUCAAGAAAUCAGUAUGGGCCCGAUGGAACUGGUGUGUCGCCGAUGAGAAGGAUUUGGGGGCGCAGAGUAAAGCGAAAUGCGCAAACGAUAGUUUCUAUGAUGUUCAUACUGGAAUCAGCACAUUUGGUCUCUCUGUAAGUACCGUCGGUAGUUCGCAGAUGCUUACAGGUUUUAAGGAAGUUGGCAAAGUACGAGCGAGCGGGAGAUCCAUUGAUUUGGAAGACGGUGUGUUCUCCGUUGUCGUGCAAGCCACGGAUAAGGCCGGGAUGACAGCGUCAGGCCUUUCCAACACUCUUAUCGUAGACAGCACUCCUCCCGUUAUCAACCUAGUGCAACAUGGUUCUGCAGGUCGACCCGAAAGAUAUGUCAACAAGAACAAGAUCACAUUCUCGGCGUACUUUGAGAUUGAGGACGAUCUCUCUAAAGUAGCUUCCUAUAAAGUAUCCGUCGGGAGUUACAGUGGCGCUGACGACGUACUUGGACCACAAACGGUAAAUUUGCCCUACGCGCAGUCAUAUAUAGUUGCAAGCUGGAUAUCAGAUGCUGAAUCGGCUCUGGAGAACGGACGCAAGUAUUACAUCACAGUCCAGGCAGUCAACAAGGCUGGUUUGAUAGGUAGCAAAUCAUCCGAACCUUUAAUCGCAGACUUCGAACCUCCAAAGAACGUGCUUGUGAUGGAUGGAUGGGGAAUGACAGACUCUCAGUACCAAAGUUAUACUUCCCUUUUCCGAGCACACUGGUUGGGGCUAACUGACUUCUCGGGCGUGCAGAAUAUUUCGCUUGGACUUUCAAGUAUGCCUAAUGCUAAAACAUGCGAUCAACAUCCAUUAGAGAAUGUGCAAGGGAAUGGAAACUACCACGUCCUCUCUGGACUGCAUCUGCAAUCAGGAUCUAAGUACUAUGCUUGCAUGAAGUUUGUGGAUAAUGCAAAUAACGAGGCGAUGUUUUUCUCUGACGGUGUAUUAGUGGAUAGCAGCCCGCCUCUCCCAGGCGUUGUCUCUGAUGGAAGACCAGAUAAGGAUAUCCAAGUGCAAAUAGAAAGCUCAAUUUUACGUGCGUCCUGGUCAAAUUUUACGGAAAAGGAGACGGACAUCGUGAAGUACAGUUUGGCUUUUGGUUCAUACCCUGGGAAGGAGGAUAUCCAGGAAUUCACAGACGUCGGCCAGGUGACAAGUGCCGCCAGUUCAAAGCUCAAAGUUCCAGAGUUAAGCAGCGGACAGCGUUACUACGCAACUGUGAUAGCGUACAACAAUCUUGGUAUUCCUAGUGUCGGAGUCUCAUCAGAUGGUGUACUUGUUGACUUUACGCCCCCCGUAUUCACAACGGCAGCAAGUGAUGGUGAAACCUUAGGAAUAGACGAGGACUAUACAGGUGGUGCUGGUCUAAAGGUCACAUGGACUUGUGAGGAUAAGGAGACUGGGCUCCAGUCUGUGGAAGUCGGAUUUGGAUUCCAACCUGGAAAGGCAGACGUCAUGAAUUUCACUGAAGUGCCAGUUUCAGAGACUACGUUUUCCUUUUCCACAAAUCUUCGCGCAGGCUAUCGGUAUUUUGCGACUGUCAGAUGCAUCAACAAGGUCGGUCUGAAAUCCACCUCUUCGUCCGAUGGUGUUACAUAUGACAUUACGCCACCUAAAGGCCUUUCCAUUGAUGAUCUAGAUUACCAAGCCUCAACUAGGGAUAUCGUGGUAGCAUGGAAGUUUAAAGAUGUUGAAAGCGGCUUACGUGAAUAUCAUGUGCUGCUUGAAGAUGCUGUCGCCAAAUCCCAGCAAGGCCCAUAUACGUUCAACAGCUCGUCAUCUUCUGUGACCGUGCACCUGCAAUCCCCUCUCAUUCCUGGCCAUAAAUACGUUAUAAACGUGACAGGAGUUAACAAUGUCGGGCUCUCAGCAUCGCUAGUGUCAGAUGGAUUUGUGGUAGAUAUAACGCCCGCUACAUGCUCAAACGUUUGGAAUGGGAUGGACUUAUUGAAAGAGAUUCGCUACGUGCCUAAAACUGCUCGUCUUGUCGUCUCAUGGGACUGUUACGACAAUGAAUCACAGAUAAAAGGCUUCAGAUUUGCUGUCAAAGAUGCCACCAAUAAUACUUUUGUGCUACCAUUCCACAAGCUGAAGUCUACUUUCAAUGCUACCGGGAACACAAUUCUUACCGGGAACGGCAAGUGGAUCCCCGAGUAUACUGAGGGCCAUUCCUAUGUCAUCGGGAUCGAGAUUCUAAAUGCUGUUAGCCUAAAAGCAGUGUUCUGGACGAAGCCAGUCAUUGUUGACAGCUCCCCGCCUGUAUUCAAGAACCUUCGCCUUAAAUUCAGCCCAGCCAUGGAAUCACUCACUGCUCAAUGGAGCCUUGAGGAUAGCGAGAGUGGAGUAAUGGCACUCAAAUGGGGACUCGGAAGAACCCCCCAGCAGACUGACGUCUCCAGCCUCAAAGCACUACCCCCAGCCACAAGAACCAUCACUGUUAACAGCUCACUGGUAGUACUUGAACUCGGUAAGACAUACUUCCUUUCCUUAGAAGCGACAAAUAACGCUGGUCUUACAAGCCGGGCAGUGUCCAAUGGAGUAGUGAUCGACCGCACUAAGCCAAACGCUGGUGUCGUAACGGCACAAUAUGUCCUUCCAUUUGAUUACGACAGAAGCAAGAACACCGUUCCAAGAACUUCGUUCCCCGUUUCUUGGACAGGAUUUAUCGACCAAGAAAGUGGUAUUGCAGGCUAUAGCUGGGCGAUCGGAACCAGCAUGCUGUCAACUCAAUCUCUUAGCAAUAGGUACUACACACGAGUCCCUGCAGGCUCCGUGGGCGGUGUUAUAAUUUCUAAUUUCACCGUAACAGGAAACGUCACUUACUACGUCUGCGUGCGAGCAACUAACGGUGCCGGUCUCGAGAGGACUGACUGCUCACCGGGUAUAACCGUUAUCCUGGGUAAAUUCUCAGCGGGAAUUGUAAAGGACGGACCUAGUAAACUCCUGAAAGACAGCGACUUUCAGUUGGAUGAUCAUGCCCUUUGGGUGCACUGGGACGGUUUUAAGGACCCUGUUUAUGGAAUAAGCAGUUACGAAUGGUGUAUUGGUGUCACGCAGCCGUCACCUAAGCAGUAUAACAUUUGUAAGUGGCCAUACAUGAGGCUAGAUCGCAUCGUCAACAAAGCUCAUCGUUUCCACAACCUGACACUUAACCACGGUACAACCUACUACGCCACGGUAAAGGCCAAAAACUCCCGCGGUGAAAGUGUGAGAGCGACUUCUGAUGGCGUCCUUGUCGACAGAAGUCCACCAAUUGGUGGGGCAAUCAAAAUAGCACCCACAGUUGGUACAGAGACUUUGUAUAUGACGUCACUUGCUGCUCCCACGAUUACUUGGACAAUGGAGGAUGAAGAGAGCGGUAUGGAUUACUUUAGGAUCGGUGUUGGAGAGUUUCCAUUGCAAGACAACCUCUUGAAGUUUACCCGUGUUAGCGGCCUGGAUCGCUCUGUUGACCUUGACGACCUGAAUUUUACAACCACUCAAGGACAAUCCUUCUAUGUCACCCUUACCGGGUACAAUAUGCUGGGACUGGAGACGACUCUUACGUCACAAGAGGUUGUAGUGGAUCUGACGCCGCCGGAAGUAGGCGAAGUGCUUGACGGAAAUGAGGACCAGGACAAAGAUUAUCAAAUGACAAGUGCGGCGAUAUCUGCGCACUGGCGGGGAUUUAAAGACGCUCAGAGUGACAUACUUGAGUAUCAGUGGUGCGUGGGAACAGGCCAAGGCGUUUGCAACGUCGUCGGACUCACAUCGGUUGGGCUCAAAACAUCAGCCAAAGCCGUAGUCUCUCUCGAGGAUGGUACUCGCUACUUCGUCACGGUCCUGGCGACCAACUCAGCAGGUCUCAAAACGACGUCAUACUCUGAUGGCGUCACCAUCGACGACACUUCACCUAUCGCCGGAGAUGUGAAAUUUGAUACGCCAAUAAUGGCUAAAAACAUUUCUCUUCAAAGUGAUAACCGGAAGAUCAAGGUGACUUGGGAUAAGUUUGAGGAUAAAGAGAGUGGUAUCGAGAAGCUUGAAUGGUGUGUUGGAAAUUCCAGCGGAGAAUGUAAUAUUGUGGACCUUACGGCUGUCUCUGCAGACGAUGUUACCCUCGAACAUUACUUUAAUGUUCCGAUCACUGCGGGUUCUAGCCUAUUUGUAACGCUUGUCGCCUCAAAUGGUGCUGGAGGUAAAACAAAUGUCAGUUCAAACGAGUUGCUAGUUGACUCCACCAAGCCUACAAUUGGUGGUGUAACCGUAGGUAACACAGGCUCUAAGACUUACCUUAAGAAGGACGAGGCUCUGAAGGCAGACUGGGGUGGAUUUGAAGAUCCAGAAAGCGGCAUGCACCACUAUGAAGUCGCUGCUUGCAUGGCCAAUUCGCCGCAACAGUGCAUAACAUCGUUUAUAAAUGUAGGGCUAGAUACGUCUCUCAACAACGACGGACUAGACUUGAAACCUGGCAUUACCUAUAUCCUAGUAGUGCGGGCUUUCAACAAAGUCAUCAUGUACAGCGAAGCCACGUCAAACCUUUUCAUGCUCGCCGACCAACCACCGAUACCAGGUAAUGUCUUUGAUGGUGACAAGAUUGGUAGAGAUAUCUCCAUACAGAGCUCCACGUCAACAAUGACGGCCAACUGGCAGCCGUUUACUGAUAGUACCUCACGGAUUGCCAUGUAUCAGGUGUGCGUCGGAGACAAGCCUUCCUUGUGCAACAUAGCCCCCUUCCGGACCGUCCACUCAGCACUUCAAGCUGCAGUAUCGGGCCUGAGUCUUGCUCAUAAGAAAACAUACUACGUCACAGUACAAGCAACUAAUGAGGCCGGGUACACCGAGACUGCUACGUCAAAUGGCGUCACCAUUGAUGCCACACCUCCCGUGGGGGGUAUUGUGAGGGACGGGCUGCUUGCUGAUGAUAUUAAUUUCCAGGCCUCUGACUCGUUCAUUGCGGCGAACUGGGAUGCGUUCACCGACCCAGAGACUGGGGUCGACAGGUACAUCUGGUGCGCUGGCACCAUGCGAGGCUCGUGUGACGUCAUCGGAGAGAGAGUGGUUCGAGAUAGAACAGCAGUAAAUAUACAGAUAUCACCACCUCUGAGCUCUGGGAUACCUGUGUACGUGACGGUCAGUGCUGUAAAUGGGGCUGGGGCGAGAACGUCUUUACACUCAGAUGGAGUUACAAUUGACACGACUCCUCCCGUCAUAACAAAGGUGCUAGAUCUUCAGAGGAACGACACUCUUGAGGAUACCGACUAUCUGACCUCAGCUAUCGAAUACUGCGCUACAUGGGUCAGCGGUGACGACGAGGCGGGGAUUCUUAGAAGUGAGUUGUCCGUCUGCUCGACUCUCAACCCUAACGACUGUCUCGUCAAGUCAAAUGAUGUCGGAAAUCGGACGCUCGUCUGUGUCUCGAAUCUCGAAUUUGUCGAAGGUGUCAAGUAUACCACAACUAUCCGAAUCACCAACAACGUUGGACUAACAGCGACAAAAAGCUCCGAUGGAUUCAUUCUGGACACGACUCCGCCAAUCAUGGGAGACGUUGAGCACACUGAGACCGAGUCCGACCCGCGAGAGCGAUCCUCAAGGCGUUUCACGAGUUCCGGUGUGUCGGUGAAAUGGCGCGGCUUCUGGGACAAGGAGAGCGCGGUCGAGAAGUACCAUGUGUGCCUUGGAACAAGGCAAGAGACCUGUGAUGUCACAAACUACACAACUGUUGAAGGUGUGAUGUCUUAUUCGUUCGUGGGUUUGACGCUGAGCCACAACACCAAGUACUUCGUUUCUGUCGAGGCCGAAAACAGCGCGGGGCUACGGAGUCCAGCAGUGUCUUCAGACGGAGUCCUGUUUGAUGAUACAGCCCCGUUGUCUUCGUCUGUUAUAUAUGACGGCAACGUGGAAGGCGAUGACAUCGAUUACCAGCGAUCAGACCGUGAGAUCAGCGCAAAUUGGAAGCCAUUUGAAGACCCUGAAAGCGACAUCACGAAGGUCACUUGGUGUGCUGGUAGCCUACCAGGUCACUGUGACGUCAUCUCAUCUACAAAACUUCUAACCUUUGCAACAGCCGUCCACGAGGUUCUUGACACGCCAAUGGCCAACGGUCAGCGGUAUUAUGUCACAGUCAUUGCCACCAACGGGGCAGGGGAAGAGACAAGGGUAACAUCUGACGGCGUUACUAUAGAUACCACUCCACCAACCACAGGCGUCGUCUUGGACGGUAAUCAAGACAGUGAUGUUGAAUAUGUACUUGGUGAUAGUAAUAUUGAAGGUCACUGGAAGAGCUUUGUGGAUGCAGAGAGCGGCAUUAAGUCAUACGAAGUAGCGAUCUGCGAGGCAAAAGAUAUUCUCAACUGUCCACAGCUCUAUAUGUCCGUGAAUUUGGCGACAAACUUCAGUGUUACAGGAAUUGACCUCGACAGUGGCAUGAUGUACAUUAUCAAAGUACGCGCAACAAACAUGGCAGGUCUUCAGAGCGAGGCGCAAUCCAAUGGAUUUACAAUAGACUUCAGUGCCCCUGUUGCGCGCUCUGCCUGGGUAGGACUGGGGAUGACAGAAGAAAAGUACUCAGACUCUGACCAUCUCAACGCCAGAUGGCUCCAGUUCUCUGAUGACGAGAGUGGCAUAGCUUAUUACGAAGUUUGCGUCGGUAUCCCAUCAAGUGACUGCAACGUGACUGACUUCCUCAAUGUCGGACUAACAACGAACUACACCAUCACCGGUCUUGGCCUCACCAACGGGCACAUGUACCACGUGACCGUGCGAGGAACCAAUCGCGUUGGUCAGACGGCUCAGGUGACAACCAAGGCUGUUUUGGUUGAUGUAACAGCACCAGAAGUAAUUGAUCCCGUUUACAAUAACACCAACUCGUCAAACAACCCAAGCCCCUAUGUUAGAUUUAGCUGCACAGAGGAGCUACUCAGCGUGGACUGGGACGAGUUUGAAGAUCCCGAAAGUGGACUGAGGCGCUAUGAUUGGUGCGUCGGGAAACGAACAGAUGCAUGCGAUGUCGUGGAGAUGAAGUCGGCGGCACUUGACACAUAUGCGAAUGCAAUCACCGAAGAGAUUCGUACUGGGACCCAACUGUUUGCUCAAGUGAACGUCAUGAACAAUGCAGGUCACGUUACUCACCUGGUAUCCAAACCUUGUGUUGUGAUAACAGCGAUCCCUAAAGUCGUCGAGGUCAUUGAUCUGGAGAACAUUAAUAGCACAAAUAUGAAGGAUAUAGAUUACAAGGCGGAUAUGGAGAGUUUGACCUUGAGAUGGAAGCUACUUGGGCGUUUCCUUGGUGACAUCUCCCGCAUGAAGCUCGAGGUUGCCGUGACCCAUCCUUCAUCGAACGAGUCCUAUCCCUCGAUGGAUCAUUCAAAGUCGUGGAACGGCGAACCCUUCGCUCAGAACUUCAUGAGAGUACCCCCCACGGAGGACCGCGUAACCAUCAGGUCCUUGAACCUUGAACCUUGGGAAGAAUACCGUGGGGUUGUGAGGGUCUGGAACGAGGGCAAAAUUUAUGCUGAGGGGAGUACUGAUGGGAUUCGGUUAGAACCCACGCCGCCUCUACCAAGGAGGGUUAUUUUGAAGGAUAGUGCACCUGAGAAGGAACGUAAACGAUGGUUACCAAAUCUACGACUACCACCCUUUAUGUCGAAGCAAAAAGCGGAGGCUUAUAACGAUAGUGUGGCUGUUGACGACGUGAUUUUCAUUUCAUCGCCAUCAGAGAUCACAGUUGGUGUCACUGCUGGAUUUAACGCAACGAACUUCACGCUUUCAAACGAGACCAUCGCGAUGCUUGAGGCGAACAAGUUCAGCCCGACUAAAGAGUUCAAGCUUCUAGUUACGCGUAUUACAUCUAUCGCAAAUAAUACAAACGCUACGGAGGAGACCGAGGAGAUGCGAACUCUGCCUGGGAUCGCCAACCCCGAGGGACCAUGCUGCGUUAAUCACACCAUGGAUUCGAACAAGCACUACUCGGACACGCACUUCAAACCUACAAUUCCUGUACAGAGGUUUGGCUCAUCUAUCGCUUUCCUGGAUAAUGGCUUUGCUGUUGCUGGUGCGACUGGACGAGCGUUUGUAUUUUCUACGAGAUAUGCAUGGCUUCCCCAUCAGGCAAUCUCCGUGGAAGCGGACAGCUUAGCAAAGGUUGCAGUGUGGAGAGACAAGCUUCUUGUUUAUACCAAUAACACUCUUCGUAUCUACAGCUUCAAACUCAAUGGUAUGAUUAUCAAUCUUGUGAAGAAAGCUACAAUUUCUAAUUGUAAGAGAAGUCCAUGCAACGCCGAUGUCAGCUGGUCUAAUAUGAUUUCCAAGAAGUCUGUCAUCUUUAAUGACACCGUGGUAGUGUCAGGCAUGUCCGCUGAUAAGGGGGUGCUUGGGGUAUUUCAAGAGCGUUAUGGGGCAUGGAGGUUUGUCAAUGAACUCGGUCGCACAGAAUCGGAUCCAUCCUUCGGCGAGUCGUUUGCAAUUAAUGAUGAAGCGAUUGCAGUUACCCUCGAUAGCGGCGCCUUUGUGAGUCUAUACUCUAGAAAAGAUCUUUCAUUGGUCAUCAAAGUCGACUUGAGUAGAUUCGGCUUGAACAUUACAUCACCCGAGAUUCGCCUCACCGAUUCUAAUACCCUCGUCUUGUUGUCCACGAAAACCAGCGUAAUGCUAGUCCUCGACAUAGACCUGGUAGCAAAGACCCACACCAAAGUAUGUCAGUAUCAGGCGCCGCCCGAAAUCAGGCUUAGCGGAAGUAUGGACUUAACAGGCAUGAACCAAGGCGUUGUUGUCGCUCUCGGGAUGCAGUCGUUGCGAGGCCGCGAUGGUGUGCUAUUGGUCGGAUUCCAUGGCACAUACGAUUACCAUCCAGACCCUUCGCGGGCUGGCGUUUGUCCACAGCUAGCCCGUGUGGACUCGCGGGAAAAUCACUUCCGGUUUGAUGACGCAGUUAUAAGUACAGCUGUUGCUAUAAAGGAUUCCAAGGUACUCUUUGGCACGCCUGGGGUGCUAGCAUUACCAGGUCUGAGCGAAGCGCGCGGUACGGGCAGGGUGUAUAUGUCAACGUAUUGUCCCCAGAACUUUAUCCGGACAAGGUUUACAAGGCUAGACAUUCGGGACACUUACAGGUGCACUUCCUGUGAAGGUGCUAGAUCAUUUGGUGGUUUCUCGACAAUCUGCACUUCCUGUUACAACCGGAAGUGUGCAUCGUCUUCUGAUGACGACCCUAUCCACUUCCGGUCAAUUCUCUGUGACGACGAGACUUGUCCAUACACUGAAAUGCAUGACAAUAAGACAGGAGGUUUGCAGAUUCUGCAGGAUAACGGCACAUUCUUCGCCGAGGGUGGAUUCAAUGAGUACAUCGUAAAAAUUGUCGAGACGACUCGUGCCGACAUGUCUACGACAUCGCUGUCUGAGUCGUUCAUCAUCGAUACGACCCCACCUGUUGUCGGCGUUGUGUUUGAUGGCUUGGGCGCGGACAGAGAUAUGAACUGCUCGGCGAAUAUGACUUUUGGUGAAGACAGCCAGUGCUCCUCCAGCGACUUCGAAGAUACCGAUAUUGACUUUACAAACAACACGUCUGAGGUCCACGCUCGCUGGAUUGAUUUCGAAGACAAGGAGAGUGGCAUUGUUGAGUACUUCUGGUGCGUUGGGAGCCAGCCAAUGAGAGAUGACAUCCGGGAAUGUGAAUCUACAGGCAUGCGCCCUAACGGCAGUCAUUAUGGUCUAGACUUUGACCAGGGGGACACGUACUAUGUCACUGUCGUUGCGUGCAACGCCGCUGGCCGGUGCUCAGCUAACAGUAGUAAUGGCGUUACCAUAGAUACCACACCUCCAGUGAUGAAUUUCGUCAGGGAUGGGGUGCUGGGUGCUGACAUGGAUUACCAGAAUUUCGUGGACAUCAUGUUUGCUUACUUUAGUGGCUCAGAUCCGGACAGCGGUAUCCUAUCGUACGAGGUGGCCUGGGGCUCAGCUCCGGGUCUAUCGGACGUCGGCCAAUACGUAGAAAUCGGUAAUACGACCACGUGGUACGUCAAGCUCAAGGACAACGCCCUCAAGAAGGGGCACCGGUACUAUGCCACCGUACGAACUACUAAUAAGGCGGGGCUGAUGUCAGAACCGAUGUCGUCAGACGGAGUCGUUGUCGGCAAGACGGAAUACCUCUUUGAUAAGAACACCUCUGCGUCUGUGUUUUUCGACACUGUAAACAUGAAUGUUGACGGGACGAGGAAGGACAAGGGUGUCGGCAAGACGUAUGGUACACUGGAUAUCCCCGAGGGGGCAGUUGGUGAUGACGAAGUUAAGCUGAAGUGUUACAGUCUGGAUGAGAAGACGAUAAAAAGCAACAUGUCUGAAGACGGACCGGUAUCUGACCCUGAAGUCACUAAACCAGGGCAAUUCAUGAUUGGUAACUACAGCUUCCAAAUUAAGGCCCUGUCGCCACAAAACAACACGCCCGAAGAAGGUUACAAGUUUGCCAAACCUAUAAAGAUCGCAAUGUUCUACGACGUGGACAAGCUCGUGAACGCCAACAGGCGCGUGACAAACAAGGAGGUGACCAAAUAUGACAUAGAUCCUGUGCUUUACCUAUGGAACAAAAACAACAAUACGUGGAUGGACGCGUCGCUCACGUGCCCUGAGCCUUGGUAUCACGUGAACCGUACCAUCAAGAUGCUGACCGUGAAUGUCUGUCACUUGACGCAGUUUGCGUUCUUCUGGACCUUUAAGGCUCAGCGAGGGUUGAUGCUGUUUGAGAAGAAUUCCUCAGUUUACAACGAAGAAGGGGAAGUUGAAAUCAACCGCACGAGUUCCGUCCAGACCUUAGAGCUGCCAAUCAAACGCUCGAAAGGAGCCGUGGGUAAUAUCCAAGUCAAAUGGUCGCUUUAUAACAACCAGUCCUCCGACACCCACAAGCUCGUAUGGCCCAGCUCCGGAGUCGUGGAAUUCGAGGAAAGCCAGUGGAAUGCAACUUUGCAGUUGAAUAUUGCAAGCGACGAUGUCGAGACAAAGGAGCGUGUGAUUUGGGUUACCCUCGAUAAUACGACCGGUGGGGCGAUCCUGGCCUCGCGUGAAGAGACCAGGAGCAAGAUUUUGAUAUCUGAGAACACAAAAGAGUCUUAUAUCAUCUGGAUUAUUGUGGGCGUGUGCUCCGCCAUUGCUUUGAUUGCUAUUGUCUUCUUGGCUGCUUGCUGGUUUAAGAAGAGAGGGCACAAAGAGAACAAAGAGAGACGAUUGUCGAGAAGGAGUCAGAAAGAUGAAAUCCCGAUGGACACCGCCGGGACGCUAUCUGCCAACCUGGUGCAGUCAGAGAUGAGACCGUCACCGAAAAUUUAUCGACUGAAGCAACAAGAUGACGUAGAAUCUGGAAGCGACUCACAGACGGAGCCAAGCUACGAACUUAACAUCCGCCAGCCAACGAAGAAAAAGAGAAAGUUCUUCUCCAAGAAGAAAAAGCCAGACGAGGACCCGCCGUCGCAAUACGUAAACCCAGUGUACGGUACAACCUUGAGCCGCGGCGAUAACGAAGGCUCUACGUACGACGACGGACUCCGUCCGACUGACGAAGAUGACCUGAGUCUUUUGAAGAAUGCUGCGUUUGGCGACGUGCUCCGCCCGGCUGACGAGGGUGGUGCGAGUGUUUCCGAUAAUGCUACGUAUGACGACGUGGUGCUUCCGGAAAACACAGAUGGUCCGACUGUUUAUGAUAAUCCAACGUAUGACACAUUCGUGAGCCCCAAACACGAAGAUGACCUAAGUACUCCAACCGAUAAAGAACCGAAGUGCAUGGAACCACACGAAAGCAAGAUGUCCUUUCGAAACAGAAUGGCUUCCGGGUCAAGCUGCGGGGAAGUGAAUCUCGGUGAAGAUGAGGACGAGCUAUGAAUUUGAGGCUCCAGUGGAUCUCCAGGAGUUCUCAGUUCUACUGAAUACAUGACCUUGACCAGCCUUGGAUAACGAACUACACUAAUGAUAAGAUGUUUUUGAUAAUCUAGUAAGAAAGCAGUGAAAGCACUUAAUUUUAGCCGUAAGAACCUUUUUGCAGGUCCGUCUCUAAACAGACUCAGGAUUUUUAACUUUUGUUCCAGCUACUCUCCCGUGCGAUCAUUGCAAAAUAAUGGUUUUAAUAGACAAUAAAGAAGCAUUUCAAAAAUAA